AUGAGGAGGUUAACAAUCUUCCUAAGUCUCUUCUUCGCGAUUUGGCUCAACCGGUGAUUGGGCCAGUGACUUCGUGCAUCCGACUGGGGACAACAGCUCGGAACUACGAGCUCAAAACCAUCCACUACAACCAACUCCCAUCCUUCCAUGGUCUUCCCAAUGAAGAUCCACUUCAUUUCAUGCGUGAAUUCUAUAAUGUCCUCCAAACAUUUCCACUCCACGGACUAAAUGAGGACCAAUUGAAGAUGAGGUGUUUUCCAGAAACACUCAAGGAUCGGGUUAAGGCGUGGCUGAUGACACUUGAUCCAAACUCUCUUACCACUUGGGAGCAAGUGUACACGAAGUUCAUCGGGAGGUACUACUCCCAAGUGUGGGAACGCUUCAAGGACCUACAGAGACAGUGCCCACAUUACAAUCUUCCUCCGGCCCUUUUGAUGAAUGGCUUUUAUGAUUCUCUCCACCAGAACCUUCAGUACAUGGUGGACAAUGCAGCUGGUGGGGACAUCUGGGCGGGAACAGCAGAGGAGAUGAUGGAUAUCUUUGAGGCGUUGAGUUCUAACUCGUCUCAAAAGAGCAGUCGAGGGAAGAGAGCGGUGGUGAACGAGGCAUCUCCAAGGCAGGACAUGAUGGCCCAUCAGAUAGCCAAGCUUACGGAGCAAAUGCGACUAAUGAAUGCUCGGACAAUGCAGCCAGUACAAACCAUGGCAGUUGAUACAUGCGGAGCUUGUGGAGCUCAAGGGCACAGGUCGGAGGUGUGUCCAUCGGCAUUCGAUCAGGACCUUGGAGAGCAAUAUGCAAACGACUUGGUUACAAAGAAGAGGAAGUCUGGCGAUGGGGAGAAAGUAGUGGUUUAUGAGACGGCAAGUGCUAUGCAGCAUGACUUGCAUAAGAAGGAACGAGAUCCUGGGGGCUUCAUGAUUAAAAUAGCCCUCGGGAAUGGGAAAGAAGCUUCGGGUAAGCUAGACCUCGGAGCGGGAAUCAACCUCAUGCCAUUCUCUAUCUUCCAGCGGCUCGGUCUAGGAGAUUUGAGACCCACUCGCAUGUGCCUACAGCUCGCAGACCGUUCGAUUAGAUACCCCAAGGGGGUAGUGGAAGAUGUCCUUGUUCGAGUAGGGAGACUCAUAGUUCCGGUGGACUUUGUGGUGCUCGAUGUGGGGGACGUGCAUGAGAACGGGAAAGACCAUACCAUUCUUCUGGGCCAACCAUUCAUGGCUACCACCAAUACGCUCAUUGACGUGAAAAAUGGGACCUUGAACAUGACGGUCCUGGGCGAGUCUGUGUCAAUCUAUGUUCGAGAGGCCACAUCUGGCCCUUCGGCGAACUAUGUGGAGGAGUGCGCGUUCAUUGAUGUCAGUGACCCGCUCAUCGAAGAGAGGACCAUACGAGACUUGGAGGAGAGGUUGAUGCCCGGUCUCGAAGAGGAAAAAGGAUCAUUUAUUGAGCUGAUGGAG